CUGCCGCUGCUAUUGAAACCUAUCGCCUAUCGCCGCAUCGAGGGCGCAAAAACAAUUGGAAUUUCUGGCGACAUGUGCGAUUCAGCGACAAUGACGUCUCCAGCGGAUCAACGAAAUGUGGAGAUUAAAGCCCAAAUACCAGGUGGAGCCGAGGGCUUCUCUGCGCGCCUGGACAUUGCCCGUCGCCUGACGGGGAGCUCAAAAGCAGAAGAAAUUAAUCAGCGCGAUGUGUUCUUCGAGUCGCCGCUGGGUGGACGUCUCAAGUUGAGAUAUCUACGGGCUCCGGCACGCUCCCAAUUGGUGUUCUAUGAUCGUCCCGAUGUGGCUGGACCAAAGCUAUCCAAAUUCAACAAGAUCGAGAUUGAUGAACCGGAGGUUCUUGAGAAGAUCCUUAGCCAGUCGAAUGGAGCCCUCGGUGUUUUGGCCAAGAAGCGGCAUUUGUUUCUGCAUGGACAGACACGCAUUCAUCUGGAUGAGGUCAAGGAUCUGGGCUAUUUCAUGGAGUUUGAAGUGUGCCUAAAGCCAGAGCAAACGCUGGACGAGGGUCAAGUUAUAGCCGAGGAGCUGGUGCGAGAGUUUGGCAUUGAGGAGAAGGAUCUGAUGACUGGCUCAUACUUUGAUGAGCUUUUAAAGAGGAGCAAGAAGAUGGUGACACCUUAAAGAUGAACGGAAUGUGGGGAUUUAUAAGAUUCAAAGGAAGGGAAGUCCUUAAAAGGCAUUAAUAUCUUAAGAUUUAUAAGAUUUAAUGCAUUUUAUAAAAUAAAAAUCCAAAAAUAACAA